AAUGUCAUGGGAGCAAGUUUUAAGAUACACAAGGUUGCAGAAGAGAUAUAUUUCUCUCUAUGCUUCACUGCUUAAGUCUGAUCCCAGUCAGGUUACUAUUAGCGGAAGCAGAGAGAUUGAAGAUCUAGAUCGCGAACUUGAUAUUGAACUUAUACUGCAAUGGAGAAUGUUGGCGCACAAGUUUGUGGAGAAAUCAACGAAGUCAAAUCUUAAUGCGAGGAAACAGAAAGUGGGGAAAUCUUGGUGGUCAUUUGGAUGGAACGGUAACUCUCCUAAAGAGGAAACCGAGGAAUUCAAUUUCAGUGAAGAGGACUGGAACCAGUUAAAUAAAAUGAUCGGGUAUAAGGAGGGUGAUGAUGGGAAAUCGGAUGUAAAUAGCAAGGCAGAUGUUGUUCAUAAAUUUGUGUAA